UCCCAAUUUGCCCCGAGCAAAUAUGAAAGUGUUUCCGUACGGCCCCACGCUCUCGCUCGUACUGCCGCUCUUGCUCUUGAAAGCGCAGCGCUCCGAGGCCCAAGCGGCGGGCGGCGUCGUCGGUGGCACGGCGGCCGACGGCGGCGUCCUCUCGCUCGCGUGCCCGGACGGCGAAAUCCUCGGCAACGUCUUGUUUGCGUCCUACGGCCUCCCCACCGGCAGCUUCCCAAAGUUUGCGCGCGGGUCGUGCAACGCCGACUUGUCCAAUGCGGUCGUCAAGGCGCAGUGCAUCGGGGCCCAGUCCUGCGAGCUCACAGCCGACGCGAGUGUGUUUGGUGACCCGUGCGUGGACCAAGCCAAGCACCUCAGUGUCGCCGUGCAAUGCGUGAACGAAAACGUCAUUGGCGGCAGCGCUGGCGAAGACUCGCUCUUGCGUCUCCGGUGCCCGGUCGACCGUGUCAUUGGCGACGUGACCUUUGCCUCGUUCGGGACGCCGCAAGGUCACUUCCUCAACUACACGGUCGGCUCGUGCGACCAGCCGACGUCGGCGGCCACGGUCGCCGAUCUCUGCGCCGGCCAAGAGGCGUGUGAUAUCAUGGCGUCCACCACGGUCUUUGGCGAUCCGUGCCCUGGCGAGUCCAAGUACCUCGGCGUCCAAGUCAACUGCGUCGACCCUGACGCCGCCCAAGGCACGGCGCAAGACGGGUCGUCGCUCGCCCUCGCGUGUCCUGGGGCGCCAGCAUGGCUUCGAUCGACUUUGCUUCGUACGGCACGCCCAAGAACUACGUCGAAGGCACGUGCAGCGCCGCCACGUCAUCGGGCGUUGUCGCCGCCGCGUGUGUUGGACGACCGGUCUGCAACGUCGCCGUGAACCCAAGUGUGUUUGGCGACCCGUGCCCGGGCACGGUCAAGACGCUGAGCGCCCGCGCCAUGUGCACGCCCCACUUGACACCCGGCUUUAUCCAGAGCAUGGGACCGCAGGGCGGGUCCACGGUCGUCACAUGUCCUCGUGGCGAGAUCAUUUCCGACAUUCCGUUCGCCUCGUACGGCACGCCGUCAGGCUUGGCGGCGCCGAGCCAGUGCCACGCGGCCUCGAGUGAGUCGAUUGUCAAGGCCAGGUGCAUCGGGAAGCGGACAUGCACGGUGGACGCAACGAACGGCAUCUUUGGCGACCCGUGCCCCGGCUUCACCAAGAGCUUGUUCAUUGCCGCGCAGUGCUCGAGUGCCAACUUGGUCGGCGGCUCGGUGCCCGACGGUUCGACGCUCACGAUUGCGUGCCCGCUGACCCAACGGCUCGUAUCGAUCCCGUACGCUUCGUACGGAACACCGACCGGUACCUACCCCAACUUUGUGACGACGUGGUGCAACGCAACCGACACGGCGACGGUCGUCACGACGGCUUGCGUCGGUCGCAACGCGUGCUCGGUCAAGGCCGACAGCAACGAGUUCGGCGAUCCGUGCCCGGGCGUCACCAAGCAGCUCUCGGUCGUCGCCAAGUGCGUUGACAAUAACCUCAUUGGUGGCUCGGUGGCGGACGGCGGGUCAGCGGCCAUCCAGUGCCCGGCGGGGCAGUACAUUGGUUCGAUCCCGUUCGCGGCGUAUGGGACACCGUACGGGACUUUUCCCGACUACUCGGCGCACGCAGCGUGCAACGCCGACGGCGCCGCUGCCAAGAUUGCUUCGCAGUGCGUUGGCCGAAACAGCUGCGCCGUGUCCGUCUCCACCCAAACGUUUGGGGAUCCGUGCGAGGGUGAGGCCAAGACCCUCGACUGGACCGCCAAGUGCGCACCCAACAACGUCAUUGGCACGAUCGUCAACGACGGCGGCAGCGCAACGCUGCAGUGCCCGCUAGGGCACUACAUGUCGGCCAUCAACUUUGCCUCGUACGGAACGCCGGGUGGCAACUUCCCCGAUUACGCCAUCGACACGACGUGCCACGCCGCGAGUAGCACAUCGAUCGCGACGUCGGCGUGCGUCGGCAAGAGCACGUGCACGCUACUCGCAAGCACUGGGUCGUUCUCGGACCCGUGUCCGACUGUCGCCAAGAGCCUCGCGGUGUCGGCCGACUGCAUCUCCAAUCUCGUGAUUGGCGGCACCGCGGCACAAAACACGAUGAUGAACCUCGCGUGCCCCAAGGGAGCGACCGUCCGCUCGAUCGACUUUGCGUCCUACGGCACGCCAACCGGGAAGCUCGGUGCGUUCGCUCUUAGCGCGUGCCAUGACCCCAACUCGGUCCGGAUCGUGCAGCAGGCGUGCUUGGGCAAGACGGGCUGCUCCAUCAGUGCGAGCAACAGUGUCUUUGUCAACAACUGCCGCCGCACGCAAAUGUACUUGGCCGUGCAGGCCACGUGUGCGACGCCGACGCCAGCGACGACUGCGUUGCGUACGCCAACGCCCAGUUAAGCCAACGUCCAGUUAAGCCAACGUCGUACACGACGUGCGUAAUUCAAUGUGU